GCGUGAUGCGUGAUCUGUGGCUGGCUGGUUGGUGCUCUCACUCUGUCCCUUUCUCUGUCUCUCUCUCUCUCUCUCUCUCUGUCUGUCUGUCUGUCUGUCUCUUCUCUCCCUCUCGCGAUGGCUACUCUCUCUGGCUACUCUGUCUUUCUCUCUCUUCUCCAUAUUAUUAUACACGCCCCCCCCUCCCCCCUCCCACCCAUCCAUCUUCCCCAUCCAUCCCAGACUGCAUCUGCACAGCAACCCAAUAAGCCUCGUCAUACGCCCAUUACAAAGUAUUUACUACUUUUUCAAGUCCAAAAAAAAGCCAGCCCAGCGCCGCGCCAUCUCAUCCGCAUUUUCAUCCCCAUCCCAAACCUUGCCGCCUCAACACGCCCCCUCCUUUCUCCUCUUCGUCUCCUCUUCUUCGUCUCCUCUCCGUCUCCUCUUCGUCUCCGCUUCGUCUCCCCUCAUUCGCGCCGCCUCCGUCGCCGCCGCCGUCGCCGCCGCCCCGCCCGCGCACCGUCCAACAGACCGUCGGUCCUUGGUGUACCGGUUUUCCUAAUCUUUUUUCUCACGCCUUUCUGGCGCCCUUUUUGUUGGAGUCCCCCGGGCGGGCGCCCGCUGCCGGCCGUGAUCCGUCGUUCGCGUUAAAAGUUCGGCCAAGACGUACCGUCACUUCCCUUCCCUACCCUUCCCUUCCUUUGUACGCCAUCGCGGACUCGGCCUCUUCUUACGCGAGGUCAGCCGGUGAGACGGGG